AUGGCUGCGCCCUGUAAGGCUGAGCGUUCCCCCAAAAAUCCCAGGGCGAUGAAGACCCCGAAGAGCGAAGCGCCGUCAGAGUCGGAGUCGGAAGAUCUGAGCGACGGAAACCAGUAUCACUCCAACCCGUCCACCCCCAGCCGCUUCUCGCCGCUCAGCGCGGCCGUCUCCAGCUCCGGCAGCGCGGGCCGGGGCGGAUCGGCCGCGGCUUCCAACAGCCUCCCCGCCAGCCGGGGCAUGUCAUGGACCCCGUCCGAAACGAACGCCCUGAUCGCCGUGUGGGGCAGCGAGCGGCUGGCCGAGGCGCGGAUGCAGCAGCUGGAGGUGGCGGGGACGGUGUUUUCCGGAAAGGCUCCGGGACCGGCUAUGUACGACAGGGUGUCCAAGGCUUUAGCGGAGCUCGGCUAUGAAAGGACCCCUUCGCAAUGCAGGGAGAGGAUGAAGACGCUGCGGCGAUGCUACAGCCGUGUGAAGGAGCACGGCAUCGGGAAAAGGAAGAGCAGCUACUCGCUGGAGCAGCUGGAGAAGGUGUUCGGCCAGGGAGGCUGGGACUCCCAGCCCGUCCUCAUCAACAGCAGCGGGCUGUACCAGGAGAUGGAGUCGGACGGCAGCACCAUGGAAGACUACUCCCAGGAGGCGUGGGGCAGCCAGGACCCGCCCUCCUUCCCAGAGGCGGACUCGGAUACCGUGGAAAUCCGGCUUUCGAAGAAGAGGCUGCAGCUUAAGCAGGAAUCCUCAGACGACAUCCAGCAACAGGAAGUGAUGCGUAACGUGGUGCGAAUGCUGGAGUCGUCGCAGGCGAAGUGGGAGCCCUUCCAGACGUGGAUGGACUUCUCCCGCCUGCACCUGUCCAACAAGCUGGCCAUCUUCGGCGUGGGCUACAACACGCGCUGGCAGGAGGAGAUCCGCUACCACCACGCCGAGAUGAGCUCGCAGGUGCCGCUGGGCAAGCGUCUGCGCGAGUACUUCAACCCGGAGAAGGCCGAGGGCCGCAUCAUCAUGACCAAGGUGCAGAAGAUGAACUGGAAGAGCGUCUUCUACAAGUUCCUGGACAUCACCAUCAGCGAGGCGCGCUGCCUGGAGCUGCACAUGGAGGUGGGCUGGAUCCCCGUCUCCCGCGGCGCGGGCGGCGGGUACCAGCUGCCGGAGGGCAUCCCCAGAACGCACGGCCUGUACGCUGUCGGGUUCGAGGACACGCCCGCCACCGCCCAGCCCUCCAGCUCAGGGAACAGCUGCUCCUCUCCGGAGUUCAGCGAGCCCGACCUGAGCCGGACCCGGUUGCCGCGGACGUCGAAGGCGUCGCCCGCAGUGACCUACUGCUUCCUGGGCGUAGCGGAGGACAGGACGCUGCAUCAGUGCCUGCACCAGCACUUCCGCACCGCAGGCAGGCGCUGCGGGAGGCGGGGGGAACCCCCGGCCCUCGCCAGGUUCCUGCAGGAGAACUCCGCCCAGCCGAAGGAAGGCGGCUCCUCCCACAAAGACAUCUAUGUCAAAUUCAUCGAGGUGGAGCUGGACUUCCUCUCUGCCGGGUCCCUGCUGGAGUGUUUAGAGAUGGCGGUGGGUUAUUCCUUGAAGUUCAAUGAGAAGGAGACGUUGUAAAGCCCUUUGUGUUUAUAGACCGGCUUGUGAAUGUAUGUUAUGAACGCUAACAGCCGAAAAGACACACUUGUGUUCUUCCCUAAGCGGCUGUGCCCAUAUAAGGUAGGGGAGGAGCUCUUCCAUAGGGGCGGGGGCAGGCAGAGGGAUUCAGCCACUCAGAAAACUGCCUUCUCUUUAUUUAUUUAUUCUUUUAAAGUUUAUUCUCAUACAUUGUCCCAGAUGAGAC